AUGUCGCACGAAGGUGAAGAGGACUUAUUGGAAUACUCUGACAACGAACAAGAAAUCCAAGUAGAAAAUACCAAGUCAGCUGAGGCAGUAGGUGGUGUAGAAGAAUCAGGAGAAGGUAAAGACACGGAUAAAAAGGGUUCCUAUGUUGGUAUUCAUUCUACUGGUUUCAAGGACUUUUUGUUGAAGCCCGAACUAUCUAGAGCGAUUAUUGACUGUGGUUUUGAGCAUCCUUCAGAAGUGCAGCAACACACGAUUCCGCAGUCUAUUCAUGGUACAGAUGUCCUGUGUCAAGCGAAAUCUGGUUUAGGUAAGACAGCAGUGUUUGUAUUGUCUACUCUGCAGCAAUUGGAUCCUGUGGCUGGAGAGGUGUCAGUAGUUGUGUUGUGUAACGCGAGAGAAUUGGCGUACCAGAUUAGAAAUGAGUACUUAAGAUUUUCAAAAUAUAUGCCAGAUGUUAAGACAGCUGUAUUUUAUGGUGGUACUGAUACCCGGAAGGACAUUGAGUUGUUGAAGAACAAGGAAACGGCGCCACAUAUUGUUGUUGCGACGCCUGGACGUUUGAAGGCAUUAGUCAGGGACAACAAUAUUGAUCUAUCUCAUGUCAAAAACUUCGUUAUUGAUGAAUGUGACAAAGUUUUGGAGGAAUUGGAUAUGAGAAGAGACGUUCAGGAUAUUUUUAGGGCCACCCCUAGAGAUAAACAGGUAAUGAUGUUCUCUGCUACCUUGUCCCAAGAGAUCAGACCGAUCUGCAGGCGUUUCCUACAAAACCCGCUUGAGAUAUUCGUGGAUGAUGAAGCUAAAUUGACUUUACAUGGAUUGCAACAGUAUUACAUCAAACUUGAAGAACGUGAGAAAAACCGGAAAUUAGCCCAAUUGUUGGAUGACCUUGAAUUCAACCAAGUCAUUAUAUUCGUCAAAUCCACCUUGCGUGCAAACGAACUAACCAAGUUGUUGAACGCAUCAAAUUUUCCUGCAAUCACUGUGCAUGGUCAUAUGAAGCAGGAAAAGCGUAUUGCACGUUAUAAAGCCUUCAAAGAAUUCGAGAAACGUAUUUGUGUCUCCACCGAUGUGUUUGGCAGAGGCAUCGACAUUGAACGUAUCAACCUGGCCAUCAAUUACGAUAUGCCAAGUGAGGCGGACCAGUACUUACACCGUGUCGGCAGAGCAGGUAGAUUCGGUACGAAGGGUUUGGCUAUUUCUUUGGUGUCCUCAAAGGAAGAUGAGGAGAUCUUAGCGAAGAUCCAAGAACGUUUUGAUGUCAAGAUCACUGAGUUUCCAGAAGAGGGUGUUGAUCCAUCUACUUACUUGAACACUUGA